AAUAAAUCCAUUUUCAAAAAAAAAAUAAAAGCUCUUGAGUCUCUCUCUGUACUUGGCCUCUCUCUGUACUUGGCCACUAUGAGUGCCAAUGUUUAUGCACAAAACCAUUGAACUUAGACAUAUCUUUAAGCGAAAAAUCGACCAUUUCUUUUUAUAUAUGUAUGGUGUAGCCGUGUAGGUCUCCAAGAGAAGAACGAAGCUUGUGAAGUUAACCGAUGAAUUUCCGGCGAGGUAAAACGACAAUAAUAGGUUUACGAGCUUCAACGGCUUUACUCAUUGGUGUUGUUCUGAUUCAGCUAUUUGCUACUCAAAUUUAUGCUCAAAGACCUAGAAGUCCAUGGCAGACACUCAGUGGUGAAACUCCUCUUGUAAUUGCUCGUGGUGGGUUUUCUGGAUUGUUCCCAGAUUCGAGUCUUGAUGCCUACAAUUUCGCAAAGCUGACAAGUGUACCAGGUUAUGUUCUAUGGUGUGAUGUUCAGUUAACCUAUAUGCUUAUAAAAACUAGCUUAACAGAUUAUUAAAUUUUACAUUUAUUGAUGUAAUCUACUUAUUAGUAUGACAUGAAUACUCAAAUGUUACUCAUCUUAAAUGAUUAAUAUUUUUAUUGAGUUUGAGUAUACUAGCAUUUAUGAUUUAUAUUUAUAAUUUAAUGUUAC